CCUUCCUUGGAUAUCGCCGUUGUCAUUGAUGAGACCAGAAGUGUAUCAUUGUCUGACUUAAUUAUCGUUCUGGAUGCUGCUAAGGAAAUGACUGAAUUAUUCUUCAGGAGAGUUGAGGACAUCCGUUUCUCGAUAGUUUCAUUUGCUAAAGAAGCAGCUAUUCGAGUCAGGUUCAGUGACCCUCAGGACAAGGAAAGCUUAAAAAGGAAAUUUGUAGAGAUGACGAGUGACACGCGAACCAAACCAACACGAGUGGAUAAGGCUCUGGAAAAAGUAAAUGAAGCUUUCAGCGAUCCUGGAAACCGAGUGGAUUCACCUGAUGUUAUGAUUAUUUUUACCGACGGAAAAACCCAUGGUCAUGAAACCCAACUCCAAAGGGAGAACGCAAAUCUAAUGGUGAGAACGAACAGGAUAAAAAAUUUCCUGGCCGCCUUGAUGUCUCCUAGGGGAUGGUACUCCAAUAAAUUUUCGGAUAGGUGUGUGCCGCCCAAGAUCUUAGCAAACCUGAAAAAUGAGACCCAGUUGAAGGGAAAAACAAAAAGUAAAAAUUUAAUGAAAACACGCAAAUCUUUCUGAAAUGGCUUUCCUAAUGCUCCAGGGUAAAGUACAGUUCUAACAGGUGAUACAUAAUAACGGUACCCAAUCUAUGGAUCACACCAGGAACUUAACGCCAACAAGGGCAAAAAUAGUUAACCUAUUUAAGGAUGAAGACCCUCAAAAACCAUACCCUUUCGGGCGGCACAUAUCUAUCUAGCCCGUAUAUGCGAUUACGCCUCCCUGGGUGUUGUCCCCACGUUAUGAGAUUCCUACAAUGCUUGCAUGAUUGAUAUACAUACACAGGUUGAAGAUCUGUUGUCUAAUUAUCUCCACUGGAUACAAUUCGUACAGUCUAUUAACCUGAUUACGAUCGAGAAAUGUUAUGGCUUUCUGACGUUCUGAAGGUACGACGGCGAUGAUGACCUGUGAUGACUGAGGGAUGUUGAGGUUGAUCAUUUUUCAUAGGGUUAUGAAUUACUCAGGUAAAUUAAGAAAUGGAGCUAAAUUUGCCUUAAUUUGCUCUCUUCAAAAGUGAGGGAGUGGUCUAUAUCUAAGAGCUUCAGAUGAAGAAAUAUAGAACUUUGCCGUGCUUUAAAAUUAUGCAAAUUAGGUCACGUGACCUGCAUCGGCUCAAAAAGCUUGUCCUUGAAACAGCAACACUUUUUCGUGUGUCCUCAAUUAUUUCACCACUUGGAUAAUGCCAAGGCCUUUUAAUAUAUCACUUCUGUGUUUGGCCUUUUUUAGAUAUUUAAAAUCAAAGGAGUUAAGAUGGGAUACAAUUGCUUUGGGGGACUGGGUUUAGGCAAGGACGGCCACCUUAGAUGAGAGUCACAUCUACUUAGGGGGAGGGGAACUGUUUCCCUGACGCCCGCCCCCUAGGUACAUUUUAUAUCAAACUCAUUGCCCACAAAUGAGGACAUUUGCUCUUUAGUGAUCAUUACAUGGAGUGUAUGCUACAGGGCGUGCGCAAAGGUAUUACGUUUCACCACUGACAAAUAAACAUGGGCGAUCGACCGAAGCGAAUGUCAUGUCUUCCACGGCUUUUUGUGGAAGAAUUCUGUCAGCUCUGCGAAAAAAAGAUGGAGAAAGUGGAACGAAAGUGCAAAACAGACAGGGAUUUGUAUGUUGUUGAGGUUGUUGAAGUGGAUACGACGCGAAACAGCUAAAAAUUCAUUUCGUGGGAUUCAGUCGCCAAUACGAUGAGUAGCGUGAUUACGAUAAUAAAUGCAAUUACUUUCCCUUCGUUCGCUUGGAAAAACUGUUUGUCCCCGGGGAAGGUUCGCUGGAGGAUAGAGGCAACAUUCACGGGCAAUUGUAUUGUUGCCUGAUUCCUUCAAUUUCUUCUCAAUUAUGUGUGCAAGAGCAGAUUCUCUUGUCUCUUCUUCGGCCUUUGAAAUGGUAUAAACUGGAAAGCUGCGGGAAUAAAUAGAAGAAACGAGGAAUUAUUAAAUAUCCGAAAAUUUAGAAAUCGAACCGUUUGAAAAUAUUAUUAAGCUCCUAUUAAAAUAUUCAUCGUCACUUCAAAUUACUUACUUGUUAAUCUCGUAAGUAUACGAAGGACCGUUCUGCUGGCUGAAUUUCUCACCAUUUUCGCCUUGAAAAUUAUCUUCAACUGCAGAAACCGUCACGGUACAAGUGAGGAGAAGAAAGAGAGCAAGAUGAACCUUCGAAGUCAUUUUGCCCCACCGAAAUCUGCACGAAUCCCAACAAGUUACAUAUCAAAACGCUGCAAAUUAAUUCAACUCUUUGAAUUUGGGUUGCAUUUAUUAUUCUGAGCAUGCUCUGUCAAGCCAGUCCAGUUUUCUCGACCCGCUGCUUUCAAGACCGGGCACGCUUUUGUAAAUUUACAUCCAAACCGACGAAAAAAAUACCCCAUCGAAAUCUUAACAAAAUGACCCAAGCUUGUCACCACUGGUAGCUUUGAUAGCACUUAGUUCAAUGCCGGUGGUGCAUUUGUGAUAGAUUUCUCACUUUGAGAAGGAAAGGCAAUAUUCUGCAGAAAAUAGCGUGUUUUCAGUCCUAUUUUACCGGAAGUUGAGGCCACCUGAUGUGACAUAGGGCAAAUGUCGCAAUGAGUUUCAUAUGGAAAAUCAAGAUGGCCCCCAUUAACGGCAAGACGCGCUAUAUCUCGGCGAUCUCACAGGAAAAUAGGGGAAUGUGAACAGUCUAAUAAAAUAAUUCGCAAUUUUAUUCAAUUCUAUUCUAUUCUAUAUUUACUUUAGGGGCCACAUAAACUAAAGCUUAAUAGGCUCAUCUUCAGUUUUUUUCAAUUUGUAUUAAGUAAGUUCUAAAAAUUGAAAUCAAGAGGAAUGCAAAAGAAAACGUUGUGUAAAUAAUUAGUAUCUCCAAAACACUUUAAAUCAAAUUUCCUCCUCGAUCAAUAAUUAUUUUAAGUACCUCUUAAAUUACUAAUUUGCAGCCUGUACAGCGUACUUUCACUUUUAACUCUAUCUACAAUGUGACUAAAGAAUUGCGUCCGCUUUCUUUAUGAGUCUGAAGACUGACUAUUUUUGGAUUUGACCCUUCACCCCCCCCCCCCUCAUCUUUUACCACCACUACCUCCUUGACAUUUCCAACGAAAAAAUUAUUGAAUUAUAGAGAUGAAAAAAGAAUAGUAAUUAGACUAAUCAAUUACAUGUUGUGUUUCAGUAAUCUCAUUUUAAAUAUGAGCUACAACAUAUCUAGCAAAUUGAAACUAGUGUUUACUUUUUUUCUAGGCGAGGAAUGUAUACCGUGUGGCCAUUGGACUUGGGACUGAGGUCGACCAAGCCCUUCUCCAAAGUAUCAGUGACACUUUUCUUCUGAUCAGUAGUUAUUACGACCUAGCAGGGCGAAUAAAUGACAUUUUGAAGGGUGUCUGCAGUAAGUAUCGUCAACUACAGUAUCAGCUUCCGGGAGGUGUAAAAAGUCCAAAAAUGCUUGACGCUUGAAUAGCUCUAGCUGACUAGCUGCAAGCUGUUCUUUUCUUUUCAGUGUUGUACAGAGAAAAAAAAUUAGCAGUAAUAUCUAUCAUUCUCUCUUGUUGUGAUACAUAACAUGAAAGCGGAAUCGAAAUUAAAUUAAACUCUUCGGAAUAAAAACGGUCUUAAUAGUUUUUAAUUAACACAAACCAUUCCGAGAGACAAAAAAAAAGAUUUGACCAAUAACAUCCAAGAACAUUUUCAACAAAAACAGUUUAUGACAGUCCAGUUGUCAGUUAGAGCAACAAGAAUGUAUAGACUUUGUAUCUAGGAAGCCCGUUCUUGUUUAUGUCCAAAUUGUUAAAUCCUGUCAUAAAGAAAAUUUGGCGAUGCGGUUCUCUUUUUCGGUUAAAUAGGCUACAGCGGAUUUUGGACAAUUUCUUUUCGUUGUUCCUUCAGUUCCCCCUGUACCAGGUGGCUAUACUGAAUGGUCUCAGUGGGAAAAAUGUUCUGUCACCUGUGGUGGAGGAGUUCAGAGUCGUUACAGAACGUGUACCAGCCCCCCUCCAUCUGAUGGUGGACUAACCUGUAUCGAACAAAACUUGGGACCAGCUGAGGAAAUACGGCAAUGUAACCAACAAAAUUGUCGUAAGUGUUACUUUUGUCCUAGAGUAAAGGGUUCAUGGUACAGGAAAAUGGUUAAAAUCGUUAGUGAGUGAACUCUUUUAACUGGGGAGGUCCUAAACGGUCUUAUAUAAUGAAAAAAUAUAUCGUAUAGUAAUAACCCACCACAGACCUGCCAGAUGACCUGUAGCUUUCGAUUACAGCCGAUCAAAUAAAACGCUUGGACGCGAUCCAACACCAUGGUAAAUGAGUAUAACGUUUGAAACAGUCAUUGAGUACACAGUUAAGACGCAGUCUUCUACUGUGCCUUCCCCUCAGGGAUUGGCCCCAAUGGCUAGGACUUACCCAAGACAGUAAGCCCAAGGCUUACAACUUAACACCGACGGAAAGCCUCCUUGAAGGCAAGCCCACUAUAGCUAUAACAAGAUAGGGCCAGGAACGCAUCUGAAACCGGUUGCCUGUAAAACAAUUCCGAUCAAUGUUCGAUCAAAUUUUAAAAUCCAGUCAGAAUCUGUAAAUUUCUUCUAUCAGAGUUAGUUCUAACUUUUAGUUUCUGGUGUGCACAUCGUUAUGUCAAGUUUUUCUUUUUUUUUUAGCUACACCAGGUGGUUACACUGAAUGGUCUCAUUGGGGGAUGUGCAGUGUAACUUGUGGUGGAGGAGUUCACAGGCGUUACAGAACUUGUACCAGUCCCUCUCCUUCUGACGAUGGACCAACCUGCAUUGAACAAAACCUUGGACCCGCUGAGGAAACCCAAGAAUGUAACACAGGCAAUUGUCGUAAGUGUUACCAUUUCUUGCGAAAGACGUUUUAUAUACAUUUUACUGCAAAAAGUGUUUGAAUUUCAUAACCUUCUCUUUAUCGCGUCGUAUUGCAGAUAUAACAAAAUGUUAUACAAUUCAAGCACAGAAUUAAACGUCUUAUCUAUAAAACAAAAAUCAGUUAGAUUGUUCAGGAUCAGUUCUGUACACUACCCUAGUAUACACAUCUUGACGCAGGUUGUACCUCUCCUUUUUAGCUAUACCAGGCGGGUAUUCUGAAUGGUCUCAAUGGGAACAAUGCAAUGUUACUUGUGGCGGAGGAAUUCAAAGACGUUACAGAAGGUGUACAAAUCCCCCUCCAUCUGACGGUGGAUCAACCUGCAUCGAACAAGACUUGGGACCAGCUGAGGCAAUACAGCAAUGUAACCAACAAAAUUGUCGUAAGUGUCGCUCUUGCCUUAAACGAAAGGUUUUGAAUGCUUGACAACAAAUAUAACGGAGUGAUUAAACCUUCCGCCCCACUAAACGACUGUCCUAUCAGAUGAUCUGCAGUCUUCGAACCUAGCGAAUCGAAUCGAAUACAUGCACAUGAUCUAACACUACCAUGGCCGAGUCAAGAGCAAACAAUUAAAAACCAUUGAGUACACAGUUAAGAUAUUGCCCUCUACUGAGGAUUGGCCCCAAUGGCCUGGACUUACCCUAGUUAGUGAGCCUAAGCUUUGUACUAAAUUAUACCCUACUGAUUGAAAUCAAUAGGGAGAAGGGUAAUGUUAGUGGUGAUGGUAGAGGAGUGAAAAUGUGAUAUCAUGCUACUAAUUUUAGUCUAUGAUGUCAUACACUAUACCUAGAUUAUGAUCUCAACCUUUUUUGAUGACGUAAACCUCUGGGUAUUGUGACGUCACCUGCUCCUUGCCUACUGAAAAUAAACUAUGACAUCACCCUAUCUUAAUGAGAUACAUGAUGUCAUCAGCGUCAAUUUAUGCCACUCAAAAAAAUAAUUAAAUCCACGAAAAAAAAGGCCUAACCGGUUCCUCCCCCACUACUCUGGACUUACCCUAGUUAGUGAGCCUAAGGUUUGCACUUAACACUGAAGGCAUCCUUGAAGGAAAGCCCCCUACAACAAAAAUAGGGCCAGGAACCAGUCUGAAGCCUGUUUCUAGUGCAACAAUUCUGGUAGUCAAUUUUUGUUCACAUUUUUUAGAAUUGCUUAAAUGUCACCUUAACAUGGUAUUUGAAUCACAUCAAAUACAUGUAAUAAUAACUCACCUUAUCUUUAAAACAAAAUUUGUGUCAAUCUUGAUUUCUAUCGUAGUUGGUUCUAACUUUUUGUUUCUGGUUUGCACAUUGUUAUGUCAAGUUUUUCUUCCGUUUUAGCUACACCAGGUGGUUACACUGAAUGGUCUCAUUGGGGGAUGUGCAGUGUAACUUGUGGUGGAGGAGUUCACAGACGUUACAGAACUUGUACCAGUCCUUCUCCUUCUGACGGUGGACCAACCUGCAUUGAACAAAACCUUGGACCCACUGAGGAAACCCAAGAAUGUAACACAGGCAAUUGUCGUAAGUGUUACCAUUUUUUUGCGAAGGACGCUUUAUCAUCACUUUACUGCAAAAAGUGUUUGAACUUCUUGCUUCUUCUUAAUGUCUUAUUGCCAGUAUAUAUGCGUUAUUGACCAAGUGUGAGGUCAAAGAUUGCUAGAUAUUGGCCAAGUUCUCAAUAAAAUUGGUCAAUAAGAACGCAAAAAAAGAACGAGACCAAUAUGCAGCCAUCUUGACCAAACAAGCUUGGUUAUUAACGGAUUUUUUUACAGGACAAAAAAGAUUUUUUUCUUGCAGGAGCAACGCGGAAAAUCCCAAGCAGGCAUGAUGGACCCAUCUUGCCCGCUCGUCGCUCGCGGAUUCAGCCGUACAAUAAAUCAUUAUAUUAUAAGGUUCAAGCAAAGAAUAAAUCUCCUUACCUAUAAAACCAAACUCCAUUAGAUUGUUCACAAGCAGUUCAGUACAACACUCUAGUAAACACAUCGAAAUGAAGGUUGUACCUCUCUGUUUUAGCUAUACCAGGCGGUUAUACUGAAUGGUCCCAAUGGGAACUAUGCAAUGUUACUUGUGGCGGAGGAAUUCACAGACGUUACAGAACCUGUACAAAUCCCCCUCCAUUCGGUGGCGGGCCAAGUUGUAUCGAGCAAAGCCUGGGUCCAGAUGAGGAAGACCAAGAAUGCAAUAACCAGGAUUGUCGUAAGUCUGCUGCCUUUGUUCAGUAAACAAAUACAAACAUUUAUUUAUGUAUUAGGUUUUUGAGAAUGCUCAAUAGUUGGUCUCCAACAAUCAAGGCUCAUUGUAGUGGAUGAACUGUUCCUUCACUUUAGCCGUACCUGGUGGUUAUACUGAAUGGACUGAAUGGCAAGAGUGCAGUGUUACUUGCGGCAGUGGAAUUCGCAGACGUUCAAGAAAUUGUACCAAUCCUAGUCCAUCCGGUGGUGGAGCAACUUGCACUGGAGGAAACUUAGGUCCAGCUGAGGAAACUCAGGAAUGCAACCUACCAGAUUGUGGUAUGCUAUUGGGUCUAUUAUUAAAAAAAAAAUAGAUUUAUACAGAUUGGUUUUUUAUUACUCAUUCAGUAGUUACAAAUUUAGUUCCUCAGAUCAACCAAUACUACAAACACAUCAAUUAAUUUUGUUAGGCAUAGAUGGAAACUAUACCAAUUGGUCGGAUUGGUCAAAUUGCAGCAAAGACUGCGAAGGACUCCAGGGCAGGUAUCGACUUUGUAUUCGUCCAGCUCCCGAUGGACUGGGCAAGAAUUGCAGUGGUAACGGAUCUGAAACAAAGAUUUGCGGCAACACAUGUCAAGAUGGUAAGUUGACUUAAAUAUUAAGUCUGAGAAAAGCCAUACAGUUAAACCUUGUUUUAAAAUAAGGGUGCAAAACAGAAAGGUGAUGAUUAGUUCGUGGCCUAUUUUGCGAGAGCCGGGAUUCCUAGAUUGAUCCCUCAGGAUUGUAAGCUUAAUCAAUGCAGUACUUUGCGCUUUUUUAUUUGAGUAUCAAUGUAUUUAGCACGAAAGUGCUAAUUGGGGACACUAUUUUUACGUCUCCUAAUGGAGACGGGACCGCCAUUUUACGUGGUCAUCCGAGCCACCCAAAGGUCUAGCCGCUUGCAGUGCAAAGGAAGUACCUUCAUUUCUCAGUCAUUUUAAGACCCUGAGUAAUGGUCCGGCCACGGGAAUCGAACCCACGACCUCCCGCUCUGCAGUCAAACGCUCUACCGACUGAGCUAAUCCUGCCACGGAUAAGCGAGUUACCUACGCGAGUUACCGACGCGAAACAACUUUUUUUUAUCUUAGCAGGGGUAAAUAUGAAACUGAUCAAUUUAUGGUUCGGACCAACACUCAGGGUUUAAAUAACUGAGAAGAAAGUGCUGCCUUUGUAGUCGCAUCUGCAAACGGUUAUACUUUCUAGUCUUCUCGAAUAAGGACGAAAAACCGUAGGGCCCGCCUCAUCUAGUUCUUGUGAGAGGUAAAAGAACCCACACCACUCUUCAGAAAGAGUAGGGGACGUAGACCCUGGUGGUGUGGUCAACCUUUCCUGGUCUGGGUGUGUUAUCUGUAAGGAGAGAUCUUUAUACAGGAUCCUUUAGGUGUAGUAAUGGCUACCUGUAAAAAGAUGUAUGUACUUAUGAAAUGUCCACAUUAUCAGAAAGACCUUAGCAAAAGGUUAAUCAAUCCGAGUAAUUUACCUUUGCUGUCAAAUAAUAACAACAACAACUUACAUACAAUAAAGGACCGACACAUAACUAUAAUGUACCUAAAGUAAAAGAUAGGAAUGGAAAGUACAAGAAGUAGGGUUCGAAAUGGGGCCCUAAGUCCCAUGCAUCCCUUGUAAAAAUAACAAAAUGAGCUACAGAAGGAUAAAGGAAUCUAACAUAGCUCUAAGGACUGAGGGAAGAAGGUAAAAUCUGUUGUUACCAAUGAUCACCAGAACUGUGAUAGAUACUCCAUGCGCGAGGCUCAUUGUUACUGGCGUUAAAUACUAUGGGUCAGUUAUUUGAACGGUGUUUAGUCCAUGUUUAGCAAAACCGCGUUCUAAGCCAUUUUGAGUUUGCCGAACACUUUUAUGUAAACACCAUUUAUCGUUAACAGUUUCAUGAAAGCAUAUUGCGUAGACUUGAAAAUCAUUUGUCUUCUUAAAAUCCUACUGAGAAGAGAUAUGGAGGUCCAAAGAUUUCCUAUACCGUGAUCUAAGAUAUACUUUGUUUAAAUAACCAACCAGCACAUGACCUUGAUCUGUCUAAAACGACGUUCGACUAUAAAUUUGGAUUAUAGCCCAUAUUACAGUUCCUAGUUCUGGACUGAAGCUACAGUGUUCUUUACCAUGAAGCUAAGCCUAUUUCAAGCGUUCAUACAGUGUUCUUUACCAUGAAACUAAGCCUAUUUCAAGCGUUCAGACAGUGUUCUUUACCAUGAAGCUAAGCCUAUUUCAAGCGUUCAGAUUGUGGCGCGGUUUUUCCUGUUCACUUCUCUUUGCGUCGUCCCCACCAUCUGAAAACCUUAAACAAUCUACUUAAUGGGGCUGUGUCACGGCAGUCCAGUUCAUUUUGUUGUAUUUUGCCAAUUACUCGCUCUCAAUCGCUAUGGAACUUAAAGUAGCAAAGAAAUUACAUGUAAAUGACAAAAUCAGAGAUCCGAGACAAACAAAUAUGUCUCCUGAGCAUUAUUUUUGAAGUUGCAAGCAGCAGGGAUCAAAUUUGAAAAACUGUUACGCUGAACAGUUUUCGAAAACCCUAAUUUCAAUCCGUUUCAAUAUUCUUCAGUUUUGCCCAUCAGUGGCAUCUGUUGUUUCUUUUAUGUUAUUUUAACCUUCCUUUAAAGUUUUAAGCGGCCAUUUUUACGUUUCUCUUAAUUUAACAGGCAUUUUGUAAUUUCCUAAUUUAGCUGAAUUUCGUGACACAGCUCCUUCAAAGGUUAUUAAAUAUGUCUUAAAUAGAUUUAAAUCUUAGCGGAACAUCAGCUGAAUGAUGUUUAAUCAAUAUUUUUCGUGGUAUCAUAAAUAGUAGAACAAUUUUCUCGUAAAAAAGAGGCAAAUCAAUGGGUUUUUUUUUAAUUUGCAGCAUUUCCUGGAGUGGAUCUUGGCAUCUUGAUAGAUACAUCAAGAAGCAUCGGAGAUAAAUCUUUACAGCGGCUAAGGCAGAGAUUUCUUCCUCGGUUUUUCAAACGCUUUAGGAUUGGCAGGAAGAAAACGCGGGUAGCUGUUGUUACUCUUAACAGGAAGGCCAAAGUUGUACUGAACUUUAAAAGUCGUUCUUCGUUCAAAAAGGAUGCACUUAUCAGAAAUUUGCAAACGAUUCGGCUGGGGAAAAGGUUUGGCACACGCUUAGACAAAGGAUUCAACAAAGUUCAUGACAGCCUAUUCUCCAGGAAAGGUGGCGACAGAGUGAACUACCCAGACGUGCUGGUUGUCUUUACAGACGGAAAGCAAUUUCCUCCUAUUAUACCAUUCAAAGAGACCUUAGAUCACCUCAAGGUGUGUAUCCUUAUUAAGUAGUGAAUAGUGAUCAUGAAUCAUGUAUUCACUCGUACCCGAUUUUAGUAUUAUUUUGCUUAAUGAGACAAAGUACAGGGCUUAAUUACCAUAAAAUUACAUUAGAAUCAUGAAUCACAUGUAUACCAAUUUGAAAUUUAAAUUCAAUGAUUACGCGAGUAACAAUUUUUAUAGGUUUUCUAACAAGAGAGAAUAAAGGGGAUCCCCCAUACACACCCUAUUCCAUAGGUAAUUUGUCUAGAGUUAUUUUUAAGACACACAGAUCCCAAGGGGGAUUAGACAACAGCCAAUCACAUAGCGUGAAUGUGUUCCGCGAGGAUGACCCACGCUCAGAGGCACGCGUCCUUCACGAAUUGACGCAGAAAAAAAUGGCGGAAGACUCGGAGAGCGAUAUUGCUAUUCGUUUUGUCGACGAAAACGACUAAGGAGAGAUUUCUGCUAAAGCGGUGUCAGCGAAAUGGCAAUUAAAAAAGAAUCGCUCUUCCUCUCUUGUAUAGAGCGAACAGUACAGCAGGGAAAUCCUUAACACGCUGAAUAUUCUCUCAGGAUCAUUUAUAAUUUACAGUUUGAAGAGAGCAAUUUCUGGUUUGAUAUUUAUUCUUUUAUAAGUCUUUUAUUAUUCAACAAAAAUAACACUAGGCGUCCUACUUGCUUUAUUGUACAAAUGACCGGUUUCAAUAGACCGGCGAAAUUUCUCAUUUUAUUAAAGCACUGAGAUUACGACAACUUCGAGUUAAACUGAUUUGACGGGUUGUCAAAGAGUCCAGCGAUAAUCUUUUCCCAGGUGAGCGCCGACUCAUUUCGCUUCAAUAUUGAGAAAUGCUCUCGAUCUCUUUACGUUUUCAUUGCCUUUCACACGACAUGUUUUGCAUGGCGUUUAGUCAUGCGAAACCUCCACGAAACAUCCACGCACCGCGCGAGGUAACUUUAUCCCGAUUCUAAAAAUAACUCGAGACGAAUUACCUAUGGAAUAGGGUGUGCAUGGGGGAUGCCUUCUCUGUCCCCUUUAUCCUCUCUUGUUUUCUAAGCAUAAAUAGCUGUUGGUUUAAUUAUUAGAAACUUAACCUUUCGACCAAACUGAUCAAUUAUUAUUUUUCCAAAAUUAAAACCUGUCAAUAUGGUUCUUGUUUUUUACCACGAAGUGAAUCUUUCCGUUGUUUGGGCCAUAUAGACCUUUAAUAUGUAUGAUAAUUAGCCUUUCUGACCUUGUUUGAAUGUAAGAAUUAUUUUGUAUUGUGCACAUCAUAUAAAAGGAUAUAUUAAUGGGCCGCCAUUAUGAACGUGGUUUAUAAUUAUUUAUUGGGGAUUCACAACAGGGUUUUUUUGGAAUCAGGGAUUUUCCUUAUUUGAAGGACGGAAUUCGAAAUCAAGAAUUGUAUUCGUUUAACUGAGGGUGAGUUUUGGGAUUAAAAGUAUGCGCAGGAUGAGGGAUUUGGGAUGCCAGAAAUAGCCAUCGGGAUUUAAGAGAUUAAGCAAAAUUUGGGUCGGGAUGACGGGAUGAAAUAAACCCUAUUUGGGGAACUCUUUGCAAAUUACCAAAAUAAUACAACUUGAAAAUACAAAAUCGGAACCAUCGUUACACGUCUCCCAUGCGCACCGUAUUGAAAUGCGAACUUUCAUCGUAGAUUCAUCGGGCUGUACACGUGCUGUUCGUUGGGUAUGGACCUCCGAGAAAGAUAAAUUACAAGUUGCUCGAUGCAAUUGCUGCGCCUGGUCAGGUCAUGACUUUAAAUGGAAGGAGAACCAUUCAAAAGCUGCGGAAGGCAGUUGAGAGUAAGGAUUUAGUUUUGAAAGCAGGGACCAACGUAGCAAAAUAGAAGUACUGGAUCCUAACUGAGGAUCUUAUCAGCUAUACGAUUCAGUAUAAACAAUGAAAAGAAGUUAAGCUAGUUUUGCAGUUAGAAAGAUUUAUAUUGCCAAUAUUUCGAAAGGAACUGCCUUUAUUCUUCAGGAUCUUAAGUCGCCUCCUAUCCAAAACAUUUCCCACCAAAGCUUGCGAUUGGAAGCUCUCGUAAACGACCACCUAGCAAGCAACCGCGACCACUUUGGGUUGACGGUUUUAUAAUUUUUCAUUGUUUUUAACCCCUUGAAAGCGACGACUUAUAACGCAUGGUGUGGUCUUGUUCGCUAUAUGUACUACGCCACUCAGAGUAUACUGUCAGUGCAGAGAACAGCCAUAAUUUCUGUUUUAAAAGUAGAUGUGUUCGAACCUUUCCUUGGAAGUUAACACCUGUGCGGCCACCUCCCGAAAGCGAUCACUGAAACCUUCGACGGGAGGCUUAACUCUACUUGUAUUCCCUCAACAGAGAUUGAUGGCCUUUACACCCCCUGGAGUGAGUGGUCGGUCUGCAGUGAUACGUGUGGCAAUGGUGUUCAGAUACGAAGCAGAAGCUGCACUGCUCCACCACAGCGUAAUGGUGGUAUGGACUGCAGUCAGUUCGGACCGCCAGUUGAAGUCAAGCAGUGCAUCCUAGGGCAAUGCCCUAGAAUACUACCUCUUCUUCGUAAUAUUCCUCGCAGUUUUCAGGUAAGUUCGGAAACUUUUUUCUUAUUAUUAUUAACCUGCGAGCAGAGGUUCCUCCCUUGCAUGGAUUUUAGCAUUCUCCUAGUCGUUCGUGUCGCUUGUCAGUCGCCUAGUUGGUUUGUUUGCGCCGCAACAGAAAAGCGACGCGAACGACUUCGUGAACGCUUUUAA